CUACCUAGAAAGGAAACCAUACUAACCAGUGUUCUUUCCUCCAGCCCUUCUUUGGCUGUGAAAGUGUGUCAACGGAAGCAGCUAAUGUUUCUAUUAGUGAUCCACAGGGACAGACAGCUCAAAAAGGGGAAGAAAAAAUGAGUGAUGUAGCAGGAGAAGAUGUGGCCUUAUUCUUUAACCAGUCGUCAGCUACAAACCAGACUGCAGUCAAUGGUUCGACUAGCUGUGAAUGGAACGACACCUCAGCCAACUGGUUCUUCAUGGUGGUCUACAGUCUGGUGUUUCUGGUGGGUCUCCUCCUCAACGGCUCCAUCAUGAAGUUUUACUUCUGCCGAGCUCAGAAGGAGGCUUCCAGCAGCAUAAUGGUCUACCUGAAGAACUUGGCAGCUGCUGACUUCAUGCUCUGCCUCGGUCUCCCCAUCCGCAUCAUGAACUACGCCAGCAGCUCCGGCACCAUCCGACAUGUAAACUGUUACUUCGGUGCCUCCGUCCUCCACCUCAACAUGUACGCCAGCAUUAUGUUCAUGGGCUACAUCGCGGCUAACAGGUAUCUGAAGGUCGUCCAUCCGUCAGGAAAUCACAUCCUGCAGACUGUGCGAGCCACUCACAUCAUCUCCACUGUAACCUGGGUUUUCCUCCUGGCUGUGACGAGCUCCUUCGUCAUCUUAUCUUUUCAAACCCAGGAACCUUUGACCUCUGUCCCACUGAGCUGUGAAUGGUUGCACAGUGACCAGCUCACCAUACUCUACCAGAUCAUUCAUACCUGCUCAGCCACCAUGUUUCUGUUGGUCCUUGUCUCCCUGGUCUUCUUCUACUAUAGCACCUCCCGCAUGCUGUUACAGGUCCAGCAGAGGCAGCCGGAGGCCUUCAGCUCCACAAAGCUUGAAAAAUCACGUCGUAACAUGCUCAUGCUGGUCAGCGUCUUCUGCUUCUGCUUCGUCCCUUACCACCUAGCUCGCCUCCCCAAAGUUUUCCUGGGGAUGCAUUGUUCAGGGAGCAGAGUUCUCUUCUAUGUGAUGGAGCUGAGCAUCGUGUUGUCCGUUCUCAACGUCUGCCUGGACCCCAUCAUCUACUUCAUACUCUGCAAGAGGUUCAGGACCCAGCUGAGGCUGGGGCUGGUGUGUGGAAAGUCAUAGUUACUGCUCAUAACGUUUCAACUGCCAAUAAUAUGUAAACAAGAUGG